GGGCUCUAUUUAUAUAGGGAGAAAGAGAGUGGGGGGGAGAGAGAGAGAGAAUGGCUGGAGGAGGAGGAGGGAGCUCCAGAGAGCUAGACCAAACGCCCACAUGGGCUGUUGCCUCAGUUUGCGCCAUUAUAGUUAUUAUCUCAAUUUUACUUGAAAAGGGUCUUCAUCGCAUUGGCCAGUGGUUUACAGAAAAGAGGAAGAAGGCUCUGUAUGAAGCACUUGAGAAAGUAAAAGCAGAGUUGAUGGUUCUUGGAUUUAUUUCCUUGCUUCUGACAUUUGGGCAAAGUUACAUAGCCAAAAUAUGCAUACCAGAGAAAGUUGCAGAUACCAUGUUGCCUUGUAACCGGAAUAAGAUGGAGGAAGAUCAUCAUGAUGAGAGUCCUAAAAGGAAACUUCUAUGGGAUUUAGCUACAAACUCUAGUGGUCGUAGGAUUUUAGCAGCCGAUGUACCAAGUUCAUGUCCAAAGGGGAAGGUGCCACUUGUUUCAAUAAAUGGACUACAUCAACUGCAUAUCUUCAUUUUUUUCUUGGCAAUAUUUCAUGUAGUAUAUAGUGCUCUAAUAAGCAGAAACUUUAAUUUCUAAGUUUGUAUGACCAAGUUAGAUAUUCGUAGGUGGAAGGAGUGGGAGAAGGAGACUCUAUCUAUAGAUUAUGAAUUCUCUAAUGAUCCUUCGAGAUUCAGAUUCGCUCAUGAGACGUCUUUUGUGAAACAACACACAAGUUUCUGGAAUAGGGUCCCUAUCUUUCUAUACAUUGUCAGCUUUUUUCGCCAGUUCCUUAGGUCUGUUCGCAAGACAGAUUACUUAGCGAUGCGCCAUGGGUUCAUCAAUAUGCAUCUGGCUCCUGGAAGCAAGUUCAACUUCCAAAAGUAUAUAAUGAGAUCGCUGGAAGAUGACUUCAAAUUAAUUGUUGGAAUCAGUCCUGUCUUAUGGGCUUCUGCUGUGCUCUUUUUGCUGCUGAAUGUUCAUGGAUGGCAGGAGUUGUUUUGGGUAACGCUACUUCCACCAAUUAUUAUCCUUGCUGUUGGUACAAAACUUCAGGCUAUCAUCUCACAGAUGGCCAUUGAGAUUCAAGAGAGGCAUGCAGUUGUUCAAGGAAUCCCUCUGGUGCAACUUGGUGAUAAUCAUUUUUGGUUCCGGCGACCUCAACUAAUAUUGUCUCUCAUUCAUUUUACAUUAUUUCAGGUUUAA